AUGAAUAGUGUAGUGCGUGCGCAAAAGUCUGGUUUAGCUCAUGAUGCUUGGGAAAAAAUUCAAUCAAAAUAUGACGUUGGACAGGCUCAUGAAGCGUUAGAAUGGAUUAGUGAAAUGAUCGGCGAACAAUUCGAUACAAAUGGCGAUGCAGAUAAUGUUCAUGAACAAUUGAAAGAUGGUCGCAAACUUUGCCGACUAAUCAAUGUAAUUUCCCCGAACUCAGUAUCAAAGAUCAAUGAAGGAGUAAAUAGUUUUAAACUUAUGGAAAACAUUUCUCGCUUCGCUCAAGCAGCUAAAGCCUAUGGAUUAUCUGACGCUGAAAUCUUCCAAACAGUCGAUCUCUACGAAAAAAUGAAUCUUCACCAAGUCGUCCUCUGUCUCUUCGCUCUCGGUCGAAAAGCACAAAAACAAGGUCUACGUGGUUUAGGUCCCAAGGAAAGUGAUAGAAACGAACGAACCUUCUCAACUGAAACUAUCAACCAAGGUAACACCAUCAUCAGUACACAAUAUGGUUACAACAAAGGCGCAACACAAUCCGGUAUCAUCUUUGGUAAUACCCGUCAUAUGUGA